UGUGUUAACACCGUCUACCACAGUGUUUACGUUUAGCUACAAGUAGUCAAGAUAGCGUGUGUUAAAAAUGUUGGAGUGGAUCAUUGUGUAGGGUCUGCCUGUGUUCCUAUUGACAAAAACCUCUGCAUAUGAGAUAUAAGAAUAUCAUAUAAAUAAUAAUAAGAAUUGCACAUAAAGAACAAGAAGGAAAACAGCAGGUGUAUAAGUAUCAUGCCAAAAGUUCGUCGUAGCAGGAAACCCCCACCAGAGGGAUGGGAGCUAAUAGAGCCAACCUUAGAGGAGCUGGACCAGAAGAUGAGAGAAGCGGAAACAGAGUCACACGAGGGCAAGCGAAAAGUGGAGUCUCUCUGGCCAAUAUUCCGCAUUCAUCAUCAGCGCUCUCGCUAUAUCUAUGACCUUUUUUAUCGCAGGAAAGCUAUCAGUCGAGAGCUUUAUGAUUAUUGUCUCAAAGAGAAGAUAGCUGAUCAGAAUCUCAUUGCAAAGUGGCGCAAGCAAGGUUAUGAGAAUCUAUGCUGCCUUCGAUGUAUCCAGGCACGAGACACAAACUUUGGUACUAAUUGUGUAUGCAGAGUUCCCAAGAGCAAACUUGAAGAGGGCAAGAUUGUAGAGUGUGUGCAUUGUGGAUGCCGAGGCUGCUCUGGAUAACUAACAAUUGGUCCUAAAACCACAAGUAAAAUCAGCAAAUUUCUUUAAAUACUGUAUAUAUACAGUACACAGUACAGUAUAUAUUUUUAAUGAUUUAAAAAACUUCUGCAUUUCAUUUCAUAAGGGAAAUGAUACCAUUCAUUUGACAUUAAAAGUUUUGGGUAAAUAAAAAACAAUUGUCUUAGACUUUUUCUUUAUAUACAGUUUGGCAUGGCAAGAAAAAAUAUAUUUUUAAAACAAUAAAUAGUUAAGACAAGUUAUGAUAAAAAUUUGUAGUACCUGUAGUUAGGACUCGCAUAGCACUUCCGCACAUACACACCCAGCAGUUGGUAGGGGCAGAGUAAGCAGGCAUUCAACAGGUGUAAAGUACAUGGGCAGACCAGGUUGGGUGAAAGGAAGGAGUAUAUACUAUUUAUAUCAAGGCAAAGCUUGAGUUUAGUUCAACCAUAGAGUAGUAGUAUGGAAAAAAAAAAAUUCUUUAAAAGUAUCAAUUAUAUUUGAUAUACUGUACUGUAUAAUUUUCACUUCAGAAAACUUGGCACAGCUUGUGAGUACUAUACUGUAGAAAAUAUUGAAUUUAUAAAUUAAAAUUCACAGGAAUAUGCAUCAGUAAACAAAUUGUCACGACUUUCAUUAUAUGAAUACCGUACAUUAAAAUAAAUUGAAAUAAAUGUUGAUAACUUUUCCCCUAAAUGACUUAAAAAAAAAUCUUGUAGUAUACCCAAUUACAUACUUUAUUGGUGGUGUGUUUACACAUCCCAAGUAAACCAGAAUAUACCCACAUGAAUUACAAACAACACAGCACUCUACCACAAUUUAGUCUUACAUUGUUUGUACAGUACAUUUAAAGGUUUCCAGAUUCCAAACUUUUUAUCAUACAGUCAUACCUUAUCUACAUUAAAAUCAACUUUCCAACUCUCUCCCUUGCCCAACGUCUCCAAAUUUAUCCAUACACUUUUGUGGGACCGCCAAGUUGCUCUUCUCUUCUUUUUUUUUAAAGGGAAAUUAGUUGUACUAUGGAAUGUCUACAUAAAAAAAAAUCUAAAAUGUAAAUGCAGCAUUGCAACAGGACAAUAAGCAUCAUACACAGCCCAUGCUAUGUUCAGUACCACAUACAGUACUGUACAAGUAAGAGGCAACAGGUUACUAGACCCAAACUGUCUUCAUCUUUAAGUACUUAUGAUAAAUAUAGUCUUUGCAGUAGAUAUGACUAGGUGCAAACAUGAGGCACAGCAUAGAAAUACACACAAAGAAAGUAUUUUACUUAGCGGUUCCACAAUCCUGUAUCCUUUCUCAAUGAUCUCAGAGAGGAUGCAUUUAAAGCUAUAACCAACUGAGUAUUUUAGGCUAAUAUCACUUCCUGUUGUAUAUAUAUUGUAUAUGUUGUAUGUUUCAAUAAUAAAUACCUUUAUGAAAAGAUUACACACAAAAAGAAAACAAAACUUGAUCCUCCAAGAUAUAAAAUGCAUGUUGUAUCAAUGUACUUUUUAAAGUGGUCACUGAGUUGACAGGUUGAGGUUACUCUCUUUUAGCUCACUCCUUGGUGCUCAAUUCUUUGUGAUUCUCACUAUUAAUAUGAAUGAUUCAUAGUUUUGAGGUCUUACCACAAAAAAGUGGGGAAAUUUUUCACCUAACGGUCAAGAGCUGACAAAAUAUAACUAAACCUCAAUAUGAAAUUACAGAAAGUGCACCAAAAAGUACAAAUUAACUAAAAAACAAAAGCAAACAGUUCUUGGAAGACAAGUGAAAGUUGAAUAAAUCAGGGAGAUUAGCAACAUGGUUCAGCAUUGUAAAAUAUAUUACAGUACUAUUUAUCAUGGAUAACAAUUACCUUUUCUUUUUUUUUUUUAGGUUUCUCUAGCUUUACAUGGACCACAAUUGGGUUUGAGUUAUGUUUACCAUUUUAUAAUGCAUUUUACAUUUGUCAGAACUUCAUAAAACUACAUUAGACUUAAAGUUUUAGUUGGCUAGUUUUGCUAUGUAAAAAGUCCUUCGGGAUUUGUUUAUGAAUAAUACCACUUCCUUCUAAUCAUAUAUAUAAAAAACUAAAUACAUCUAAUGAGAUUCCGGAUGACAUGAAAAUGAAUAUCAAUGGUUCAAGAUGGAUUCAGUAGGUCACUACAGUCAAUAAAAUACAUGUUUUCUUUUUUGUUUUUAAGGCUUCCCAGGUUACUGGGAAGUACUGUAUAUAAAACCCUUUACUGAAACUCUUGUAAUACACAACAAUUAAAAUUGUAUUGCUCAAGAGAAUUUUGUUAAUGGUAACUGAUACCAAUAGUAAUUUUUUCUUCAAAACUUUAAGUACUGUACUGUACAGUAAUAUUCAAAAUGAGAGAUUAACCCUCACACAUCAUGACACAAAUUGUGCCAAAUCAUUGGGUAACACAAUUUGCAUCAGACGUGAAUUGUCAUUUAACAUAAAAAAGAUUCGCCAGAAAAAUUUUCGUGCAUCAUAGAUGACUGCAAAAAGUACCAAAGCAUGGGUUAGGUUCCGCUAACCAUCAGUUUCCUCCCAUCAACUGUGCUAGUAGGUCGCAUCAUUAUAAUUUUUUUUCCCUCCCACUCCCCACAAUUAGUCAUAAAAAUUCCAAAGCCACCGUUGGAAAGCUUCUAUAACUAUAAUACUUUGGUAGGUUUGUGAGAAAAUAUUGAAGAUAUGAUAUUGGGAAUUUUUUUUUCUUUAUUCAGAGUGAAAAAAUAAGUUAUUCUCAUAUUUUAAAGUCAAAACAAUAAUGAAGCCAGUAUUGUAUAAAUCUUGCAAAAAAAAAAAAAAAAUCUUGUGGGAUAAGUAGGCCGCAUAACGAAGAUGACCAGACUUCCUGUGAGUGGUCCCAUAUGACCUUUGUUGUGGUCACAGAAACUUAAUAGCUUAUUUUGUGCAUGAGAGGGUUAAGAAAGUAUAAAUAUACAGUACUUUGUUAUUACGUACUUACAUUACCUCCACUAAAUUGUUUUAUUUUUGGAAUGCCUUUGUCAUUAAGUACAUCUUAAUGUUUGAGAUGUCAAAAGAAUAUAAAAAUGUAAACGGAGCUACUUUAGUGCUACUAACAACUCUUCUUACCAAUAAUCACACAGGAAAAAAUGUCUUCAGUGUGCAUGUUACAUUAAGCUAUGCAAUGGCUUAUGUUAGACUCUUGGUUCAGAUUUAAAUGAAAAGGUUAAUUUUUAAAUACAUACGUAUUUAAUAUUGAAUAUAAGUUUAAAAAAUAAAUAAUCCAGAGCAAAUCUCAUACAGUACUGUAGAUUGAAAUUUAUAUUAUUAUUUAUUAAAUAAAAGUUUUCAUUAAAUAGUCAUUACCAGGAGCUGAUUGCUUAUUCACUUAUGUAAAAUCAACUGCAAUUACAGUAUAUUUUGUAUCAGAUUAUUAGUACAAUAUCUGUGAAAUUCAAAAUCAGCAGCAGAGCAUAAAUCUUAUAAAAUACCUGA